AUGGACUCGACCCCGCGCAAAAGAGGUCCUGGCCGCCCUCGCAAACACGCCAGCUCUGCAUCGAAGCCAAAGGAUGAGGAUGACCAACGCCCACGCAAGUCCGUUCCCAUCUCUCAGACGAAUCCUAGUGGUGAGCCUACUCGGCCCCGUCGCCAGGCCGCGGUCAUGCGCCGUGCUAGUCCCGAGACCGACACAGCGAUAUCACACAAACCCAAAAGAACCACGCGUGCUACAAAUGCGGAUCGAGGAACAGCAGCUCAUCCUAUGUACGACCCUGAUCAACGUCAGGCACCACCAACUGUGCCAUUCCGGAGGUCAGACUUUGUCAUCGAGAUACCAACACGCAGAGUCUAUAUGGAAAGCCUCGCUGGUCAUGUACUCGACAGCAUCAAGACAGCCAAUGCUUCCUCUGGAGGUGGUAUCGGGACGGCCAGACCGAAUGCUGGCCUCCCCCUACACUCUGCAGCGGAGAACGCCAAUCAGCCCAUUCUGGUCUCGGCCUCGCCGCUUGAGAAGCACGUAGCCCGCCAAGACAGGGGCUUCAGUGAUGAGGUAUUGGGUAAGGUGCCCAUCGGCCUCAAUCGCAUUCCCAGUGAAUUCGAGUUCUCCGACAUCGAUUAG